GCACGCGGGAUACACCCGCGUUGGAGAUGUUUCCAUCGAGGCGUGGGCCGUGUUCCCGCCAUCCGUCGCCGGUAUAAGAGGGACCGUAGCUCGGCCACUGCACGUCAGUCCACUACAGGAAACCACCACCGUGCAACCAUGGCUCUCGAACGUCAAGUGCGCGCCAAGAUCGCGGCGAAGCGUAAUCCAGAAAUGGAGAAAGAGUCCCAGGAAUGGAUCGAGGCCAUUCUGGGCAAGAAAUUCCCUCAGGGUGAGCUGUUUGAGGACGUGCUGAAGGACGGGCAGGUGUUGUGCCACCUGAUGAACAAGAUCGCCCCCGGAUCGAUCACCAAGAUCAACUCCUCUGGUGGACAGUUCAAAAUGAUGGAGAACAUCAACGCGUUCCAGAAAGCUAUAAAGGACUAUGGGGUGGACGACGUCGACGUCUUCCAAACCGUUGACUUAUGGGAAAAGAAGGAUAUCGCGCAAGUGGUCACCACUCUGUUCGCCCUCGGCCGCACGACAUACAAACACCCGGAAUGGAAAGGACCGUAUCUAGGACCGAAACCCGCCGAAGAGUGCAAACGCGAGUUCACCGAGGAACAGCUGCGUGCUGGUGAGACCGUGAUCGGCCUUCAAGCCGGGUCGAACAAGGGUGCGACCCAGGCUGGCCAGAGUCUCGGCGCGACCCGCAAAAUUCUGCUUGGAAAGUAAAUUAGGCCGUAAGAAAUCGAUUAGACGCAACCGCAGAAAUUUCUGUUUUCCAUGUAUGUACAUGUACUUAAGUAAUCUACACGCAAAUUUACUGUAUUUAUUUUGUAUUUUGUAAUUGAACGAUAAUAUAUACAUGUUUAUUAUUUA